UGGCCGCCGUGUUUCCUGCGGGUUUACUCUUUAUGUCUGUCAAUAAAACCCGCUUUUAUUAUUUUACUGAGAUAUUAAAGUCGGUCAUGUGGUGCCUUCAGGAGCUCAACCUGCUGUAGAAAAUCAGACCCAGGGGAACCCGGGCCUCAUCCGGUUCCGCCUGAUGUUCUGGACCGGGACCGUCCUACACAUUGGACCCCAGGUUCGGGUUGUUCCGGGCUGGAUGUCUGGUUUUAUUUCAGUCCAAGUCAUGUGACCCGAGGUCAAGCUUCAGCUGCUGGGUUAUUAAUAACCCUGCAGCUGAUUGGCCGCCGGGCCGGGCCAGAACCUUGUAGGGUGACUGGGUCUCAUUCUCAGUUCCGGUUCGGGACGCAGCGGCAGGUAAACCUGGAUGUUCUGUUUCUAUCGGAGCCUCUGGAUCUCAGAUCCCGCUUUAGAGGUGGAUCGGAAUUAAAACCAGAGGGGAAACGUUCAGCUCACCUGGAGUCACCUGUUGGUGCCUCGUGCGCCCUGCCAGGCGCUCCUGAUGGCGCUCUCCCAGGUCACGCCCUCCCUGUUCCUGAGUGGGGCCGACGCUCCCCUGAACGGCGCUCUGAUGUCACAGAAAGGCAUCACGCUGAUAGUGAACGCCACGCUAAGCCACGCCCUCCCCGCCCACCCGGGCGUGGAGUGUCUGCGCGUCCCCGUCUGCGACCUGCCCUGCGAACGCCUCGGCCUGCACUUCGACCGCGUGGCCGAGCGUAUCCAUGGCAACCGCGCCGGAGGCACGCUGGUGCAUUGCGUCGCGGGGAGGAGCCGCUCGCCGGCGCUGGUCAUGGCGUACCUGAUGAGGUUCCGCGGCGCCACGCUGCGCCAGGCUCACCACCGCGUCCUGGAGAGCCGGCCCUGCAUCCGCAUCAACGCCGGGUUCUGGGAGCAGCUGCUGCAGUACGAGAGGAGGCUGUACGGCCGCAACACGGUCCGGGUGGAACCCGAGGGGCCAAGCCGGGCCGCUCCGCGGAGCAGCCAGUUGACCUCUGUACCCAGAUCUCCUGUGAUGUCACGCUCUCAGGUGAUGAUGUCACGCUCUCAGGUGAUGAUGUCACGCUCUCAGGUGAUGAUGUCACCACAUAAAUUAAUAAGAGAAUCUACAGUGUCAUCAAAGAGCAACAGAACAAUUUACAAACCGCUGUGAGUGGGCGGAGCUACAUUACCUGGACAGGUGUGGAGCAGCUGUUCACCUGGCCAGCAGCCUGGACCACCAGAACCAGUCUGGGGACAGGAAGUGAGUCUGUUCUGUUUUGCUGCUGAUCAAUAAAUGAUUUCCACCA